AUGGCGGCCAUUCGAAAAAAGUUGGUGAUUGUUGGAGAUGGUGCUUGUGGCAAAACAUGUCUUCUGAUUGUCUUCAGCAAAGAUCAGUUCCCUGAAGUUUAUGUGCCAACCGUUUUUGAGAAUUAUGUAGCAGACAUUGAAGUUGAUGGCAAACAGGUUGAGUUAGCUCUAUGGGAUACAGCAGGACAGGAGGAUUACGACAGGCUUCGACCACUUUCUUAUCCAGACACAGAUGUGAUCCUCAUGUGUUUCUCUAUUGACAGUCCUGACUCUUUGGAGAACAUUCCAGAAAAGUGGACCCCUGAGGUGAAACAUUUUUGUCCCAAUGUGCCCAUUAUUCUUGUAGGUAACAAAAAAGACUUGAGAGGUGAUGAGGCCACCAGGCGAGAAUUGAUGAAAAUGAAACAGGAACCAGUCAGACCAGAGGAAGGCAAAGCUAUGUCAGAGAAAAUAAAUGCAUAUGCUUACCUCGAGUGUUCAGCCAAGAGUAAGGAUGGUGUUAGAGAAGUUUUUGAGACUGCUACUAGGGCCGCGCUAGCUACCAGAAAGAAGAAGAAAGGACUAUGUAGAAUUUUGUAA